UCUUCGACGCCGAAACACGUGUGAGCCUGGAUGUUCACGGCAGCAGAAUGACAUGGAAGCAGGCAUCCUACCUGUGUCUAAUUGUGUUUUCCACCCUGGUUGAACUGUCACAAGAGAACUGUGAAGAAUACUUUACUGUGAAAGAAUGGGGGUCCCCACAGCAAAUCAAUCUCCUCCAUCCAACCCUGUCUCUCUCUCACACCAACUACUCUCAUGUCCUCCUUCACUACAUCCAUAAACCUCCUCUUUGGUCUUCCUCUACGCCUCCUACCUGGCAGCUCUAAACGCAGCAUCCUUCUACCAAUAUAUUCACUCUUUGUCCUUUGGACAUGUCCCAACCGUCUCAGUCUGGCCUCUCUGACUAAUGUCCCUCUGAAGUACUUCUUCCUGAUCCUAUCCAUCCUGGCCACUCCCAAUGAGAACCUCAGCAUCCUCAUCUCUGGAAAACAUAACUGAACUGGAAUUGGUCGACCUUGUGAUCCCAGAGAACACCACAAAUGUGGCAGAAUGUACAUUAGAGCGAUACUGUCUGCAAGACCAGAUGUGCGAUGUGCUGGAAGACUGCUUUGGCAGAGAUGCCAAAACUGAAAGUGACAAGUGUAAAUCUGUGUUGAAUGCCACCGUCCAUACUUACCACUUAAUGUGUCUGCUUGCCAGAGUGAAAUCUAACAAAAGCUCUAUAAAUGGUAACACAAUCCACCACUCAUUUUGUCAAUAUUUCUUCAUCUUAUUGACUCUUUUUAAAUGCCACUAUAUACUUUGGGGGCAGUUAAGAAUUCAUGUUCUAACCGUGUAUCCAUUUUUUUCUUCCUCCUACACUGCAGGCUGUGAAUAUGAAAGUGUUUGCCCGUUAUUUGAGGAAAGAAGGCAAGUUGUAUCAACACCACUGCCAUCAACAACUACUGCCCCACUGCCAACGUCACUUGUGAUGAUGGCAAUAACUGCACAGCCAAACUCAAUAAGACAUGGCCAACAUCCCGGGAGUGAAGCAAGUAAAAGCUACUACUUUUUAACCCUGGAGAUACUAUUAGUCUUUGUUUCAAUUCUUGCACUGGUCUUGCCCCUGGCUGUUUAUUUUCACAUGCGUCGCCAGAUGACACGGGACGGGAGAUGGCAGUUUGGCACAGUACCGACAGAUUCAAACUCAGUGGACUCUUCACAUGAGGAAAAUAUACAGCUUCAUCUCAUUCGGGCACACCCACUCCACUGUGAUUGAUCCCAGUCAGCUUGUACCCAGGCACGUCCAUAUAAGACAUAACUCUAAAGGAGUCCCUGUGCUGCUCCACUCAUGUUAUAGUGCUCACAAGACUGCAAUUGAAUGGACCACACUUAAGUUGCCAUGGAGCAUCAGCCAGCGGGGCUCACUAGAGGACAGAAUGAAUAUGAAUUGUUGGAAUUCCUUUGUCCUUUCUUUUCAACAAACUUGCUCUGUUCCACUUCAAGUGGAGCGAAGCGAUGGAACAAACAUCAUCAUGCCUACUAAACUCGGUUUCAUGGUUAGAUGCAUGCAUCAAUAACUACUGUAUAAGUAACAAUAGUUGUAAUAUAGGACUUCUGUACAGGUGGUCCUCGGUUUGCAGUGUUUUUUGUUUCGGAAUAUGAAAGCAUGAAUGUCAUUCUGGUCCAUAAACACGAGCUGGGAGGAAAAAUAGACUUUGUUCUGAUGCAGCCACACUGAGCCAAACAACAUUGCUUAUCAGUACACUUCAUUAUGUCUCCCGAGCGGCAAUGCGCUAAAAAGAAAAUCGUGGAAGUGACAAUGAAAAUCAUAAAAAUGUCAGAGAGAGUAGGCGCUCGACUGUCGUGACCAUCAUUAAGGAUAAACAUUAUUGAAUGUUAGAGGAUUGCAUGCAAGGAGAUCUGGGAGGAGAAGAGAAGGGUAAUUCUUCCAGACUACCCUGGGCAAAUAUUAUAUGUAAGAACGGAGAAAGGCCUGCAAGAUAACCACAGGGAUAUAAGUAAGGAGUUCUCAUUUCAUUACUAUGUUUUUAUAUGUCCUUCAUGUAUUCUAUGUAAAGUGUGAGGGAUUUCGGAGUUCAUUUAGCUAUAAUUUAAGUAUUUUAAGUUACACUAAAAGACGUAACGUAAGAUGUAACUUGUUCAUGUCCUGAGGACUACCUGUAAUGCAUUUCAAGUAAAAAAUAAGCUUACAGUAUAUUGUACAUCACAACCAUUAAGCUACAACCUAAUGCCCUUUAACACAUUUCAUUUCAUUCCAGUGAAGUGGAGUAUUGGCAUGUUCCACAUGCAGCUAGUAUUACUGCCCCGGAGGCUGUAAUAAUGAUCAUAAUUAACAAUAGGUGGUAUUGUUGUUGUGUUUCUAUGACAAUGCCAUCAUCAACUUUAGAGGCCUAUAAAAUUGGUAGACUAGGCUUCUUGUGUUAGCAAAGCAGUGCUUUGCCACAGGCUGAAAUGAUCAAAUGAUUUUAUAUAUUUUCAGCCUCUUGUCUCUUUUUUGAAGACCAUGCUUUUGUGUAAGGAAUGCACUUUUCUCUUCUUACCAGUAAGUAAUUCAAUUGCCCAAAAUGUUGAGUUAUUUCUGACUUAGUGUCACAACUGAAAAAAUAAAGUCAUUUCAAAGCUUUAUUGUUGUUUGGGUGGAAAUUCUAUGUUGCUGAUAUCCAACCUCACCAUGAAAUGUAUUUUCCCAAAGGUCUUGGGGAUAAUGAAGACCAAGUUAUUUUUGUUCAGUAGUGGUUUUUGUCUUGGAACUCUGCCAACACUGACCCUAACUGAGGCAAAUGAGGCCCUAUGAUUCUUUCAAUGUUGUGGGGUCUUUUGUGACCUCUUGGAUGAGUCGUGCUGUGCUCUUGGGGUCAUUUAUAUAAUAUCAAUAAAAUGUUUCAUUUAAAAACAUCAUUUUGCGUUCAGUUGUGUUGU